AUGUCUGUGGUUUCAUCACGAGACCUGGCUCACACCAGAAGGCGUCUGCAAAAAGAACUGCAAAACCUCACGAACGAUCCUAUAGAAGGCCUUUCCGCCGCACCCACUGAUCCAUCGAAUCUAUUCUCAUGGAAAGCAACAAUCAGAGGACCUCCUGACACUCCAUACGAAUCCGGUACUUUCCACCUUACCAUGGACUUCCCAGAGGUCUACCCACGCGCCCCGCCAAUAGUCAAGUUCGUGACCAAGGUCUAUCAUCCAAACAUCGAUAGCGAAAACGGAUGGAUUUGUCUGAACAUAUUGACCAUGGAAUGGAGCCCUGUAUUGAACACUUCGACGGUCUUGUUGAGCAUACGAGCGUUUCUGGAUAGCCCGGAUACGGAUGAUCCAGCUGAAUGGGAGAUUGCAAACGAGUAUAUGUACAGGAGGGAGGUUUUCGAUCAAACUGCUAGGAAUUGGACGGAGGAAUUCGCGAAUCCUAGAAGGAUAGUUGAGGACACGACCGAGGAAACGGCACCGAGUCAAGGGGUGGCUGAGAAUACGAUUGAGGACUGGGAGCUUGUAUGA